CGGCGAGGAAGGACGGAGCAGGGAUGCGGCGGUGCGGAGGCAUUGAUAUCACUUGCAAAGAAGAGAUUAUCAGUCAUCAAUAGAUUACGGCCUCAGCAACGCAAACCAAGCCGUCAUCAUGAAACACUUCCUGAGGACUUCUGCAAGCAAGAAUUCCCUUUUAUAAAGGACAACUCCUUGAAAACAAACUUGUUACUUUUUGUGCCGUUCACAUUAAAAAUGGAAGAUUUCAACUAUUGUAAGCUUGAGGUGGAUGAGUAGUAGAAAACUGAAGAAUGUUUGUCCAGGUAUGCCUGUACUUCUACUGCAAAUGCUUGUGGCGCUGCCUAAAAUUCGUGGUCAGGAAACUAACAGGUCGAUGUGAAUUGCAAAGGAUCUGUUACAAUACUAAACCGGGAGCUGCUAGAACUAUGAAAAUAGAGGCAUCACUGAAAGGUUCAAAAAGUAAGCGGCUGCAAACUUCAGUAAGUGUUCACCCUGAUGCUAUUGAAAAAACUAUAGAUGACAUCAUGGAGCUGAAAAGGAUUAAUCCAGAUGUAAAUCCACAGUUGGGAGUAUCUCUUCAAGCAUGCCUGCUGCAGAUUGUGGGGUACCGAAAUUUGAUUGCAGAGGUUGAAAAGCUGCGCAGAGAGCCAUAUGAUUCCGAGAAUCCACAACAUGAGGAAAUGCUUCUGAAGUUGUGGAAAUGCUUGAAGCCCGAUUCUCCACUGAAAGCUCGGAUUUCGAAGCAGUGGUGUGAAAUUGGUUUCCAAGGUGACGAUCCUAAAACAGACUUUAGAGGGAUGGGUCUCCUGGGCUUAUAUAACUUGGUGUAUUUUGCUGAAUGGGACACUGAGAUAGCUCAGCAAGUUCUCUGUGAUUCUCUUCAGCCAAAAUACAGGGAAAUCACUAAGAAGGAACUAAGCCAAUUCAGCAAAGCCGAAUGGGAGAAGAAAAAGUUUGAUAAGGCAAUUGGGUAUUCUUUUGCUAUUGUGGGCAUUAACAUAACAGACCUCGCAUACAACCUGCUUGUGAGUGGAGCUCUGAAGACCCAUUUCUACAAUGUCGCUCCAGAAGCACCAACACUAACUCACUUUCAACAGACAUUCUGCUAUUUAAUGCACGAAUUCCACAAAUUCUGGAUUGAAGAGGAUCCACUAGACAUAAUGGAGUUCAAUCGUGUUAGAGAGAAAUUUCACAAGCGAAUCUUGAAACAGCUCCAGAACCCAGAAAUGGCUUUGUGCCCUCAUUUUGCUGCAUCAGAAAGUUUAAUCAAUAUGUAGUUCCUCAUUUGAUUUUAUUUGGAAACACUGUCUCACUCUUGUGUUAGAUCACCGGUUAGACCAUCACUAGCACACUGAAUGACCAUGGUGAUUGUAUGCAUGUUUUUGGUGCAGUAUUCAUCCGGUUUUGUCACACAUACUAGAUCCCCUUAUGCUUCUCUCGUUGGGGGUUUAUCAUUUGAAAUGAGUGCUCAUAUUGCGGCAUUAUGCAGUGUUACAUUCUGAAUUGAUGUCCAGGUAUCAGAGUUUUUCUAUUUUUUUAGACUUUCCUCAUAAUUCAGCAUUGGCAAUUGAAUUGUAUUUCUCUAGCUGUGUUUUUGUAUAUGUGGACUAAGUAGCUGGAUCUUGUGUUGUGAAAGCUUUUUAACUUCUUGGUAUGUUUCAAGAUAACUACUGGCAUUUCAAGCAAAAUGUGUUUGGACUUCAUCUAAAGGAUAAUGUGUGUAAUUUAAUCUGAUGCAGGCAAACACAUUAAAGACAAAUUUUCUCCAUGCAGUUAUAUAUGCUUAAUGCAGAGUUAAUGAGGUUUAUGAGAUACGAGCUUCAGUGAGAAGAGUUCAUGCAGAAUUACAAUCAAGCUCCACAGCUGCAUGAAUACCAAAUAGUCUGGUGAUGCUAAUACCACAGCUGGUUAAGGGAUUGGGAGAACAAGCAGUGUUCUUCUCUAUCCCGCCAGUUGCAGGGAAUUAUGAGGGAAUAAACAGGAAGAGCUAGCAGAUCAAUGCCUGGCUCCAAGACUAGUGCCACAGGCAAGGCUUUGAGUUCUUUAAUCAUGGCUUGAUUUACAUGUCACCAGGUCUGCUGGCAACUGAUGGGUUACACCUGACUCAAAGUGGGGAAAGGAUGCUGGGACAAGGGUUUGUGGGACUUAGGAAGAGAUUUAAACUAGAUUUGAAGGGAGAAAGCAGACUCGCUGGAGAUAAACCUGUCGAUAAAGUGCUGACGUUUGUGGGAUGGUGUGAGAUUCUUCAGUCUGCCGUCCUAGUGGAGGCUGGGAAUGGAGAUCCAUGUGGCAGCAAAAGACACAAGGAUCAGUGAUGGAUUAGUAACUGUGGAAGCUCCUGAGAAUGGCCAGGUAGGAAUGACGCUUUCUCCCUGCAAAAAGGUGCCAACUGAAGUGCAUCUAUACUAAUACACGCAGUGUGGGCAGUAAACAGGAGGAACUGGCAGCCAUUGUGCGGUGGGGAAGCUACGAUAUAAUUGCCAUUACGGAAACAUGGUGGGAUGAUUCACACAACUGGCAUGCAAGGAAGAAGAGGCUAUGGGAUGGCCUUGUAUUUUAAGGAAUGCAUUGACUGUCUAGAGCUUAACUAUAGUGACAAUAGGGUUGGGUGUUUAUGGAUGAGAAUCAAGGGAAAGGCAAACAAGGCAGAUAUCAUGGUGGGAGUUGGUUGCAGGCCACCAGCCAGGAAGAAGAAAUAGAUAAAAUAUUCCAUAGGCAGCUACAAGAAGUCUUAUGUUCGCUUCUCCUUGGGAGAAUUCAGCUUCCCAGGCAUCUGUUGGAAAUACAAUGUAGCAGAGAGGGAACAGUCCCAGAGGUUCCUGGAGUGUGUGGAAAUUACCUUCCUGACACAGGUGAAGGAACCCACAAUGGAAGGUGACCUGCUGUUUGUGAACAGAGAAGGUCUUGUGAGGGAUGUUACGAUUGGAGAUAAUCUUGAGCACAGCAAUCAUGAAAUGAUUGAGUUUUCAGUUCUUGGAGAAGUAAGGAGGGGAGGUAGCAGAACUGCCACCUUGGACUUCUGGGGGGCAGACUUUGGCCCGUUUAGGGACCUGGUUGGCGGAAUCUCUUGGGAGGGAGUCCUGAAGGGCAAAGGAGUCCAGGAAAGCUGGAUGCUCUUCAAGAAGGAAAUCUUAAUGGCACAAGAGCAGACUGUCCCUGUGUGCUGAAAAACAAGCCUGUGGGGAAGAUGGCCAGCCUGGCUGGACAAAGAACUUUGGAGCUCAAAAAAAAGGGAGAGUUCAUGGUCUUUGGAAGAAGGAGCAGGCAACUCAGGAAGACUACGAGGUUGCUGUGAGGCUGAGCAGGGAAAAUCUAGAAAGGCCAAAGCCCAGCUAGAACUUAAUCUGGUGACUGCUGUAGAAGGCAAUAGAAAAUGUUUCUACAAAUACCUUAGCAACAAAAAGGAGGAUCAAGGAGAAUCUCCAUUUUUUAUUGGAUAUGAGGGGAAACAUAGUGACCAGGGAUGAGGAAAAGGCUGAGGUACUAAAUACUUUCUUUGCGUCAGCCUUUAGAGAGAAAACCAAUAGUACUCUGGCUACCCAGCCCUCUGAGCUGGAAGACAGGUAUGGGGAAGCACAAUGAAGCCCCUAUUAUCCAUAGGGAGAUGGUUAGUGACCUGCUACAUAGUAGAGAUAUACACAAGUCUAUGGGGCCAGAUGUGAUCCACCCAAAGGUCCUGAGAGAGCUGGUGGAAGUGCUUGACAAGCCACUUUCCAUCAUUUAUCACUGGUCCUGGCAAGCUGGGGAGUUCCCAGUUGACUAGAGGCUUGCAAAUGUGAUGCCCAUCUACAAGAAGGGCCAGAAGGAGGACCCCCAGGGUACUCCAGACCUGUCAGUCUGACCUUGGUGCCAGGGAACGUUAUGGAGCAGCUCAUCUUGAAUGCCAUAAUGUGGCAUAUGCAGGACAACCAGGUGAUCAGGCCCAGUCAGCGUGGGUUCAGGUAGGGCAGGUCCUGCUUGACUAACCUGGUUCCUAUAAACAGGUGACCUGCCUAGUGGAUGAGGAAAAAGAUGUGGACAUUGUAUACCUGGAUUUUAGUAAGGCGUUUGACACUGUUGGCCACAGUGUUUUCCUAGAGAAGCUGGUGGGCCAUGGCAGGAUACACUUCCCUGGGUAAAACACCAGCUGGAUGGCUGAGCACAAAGGGUUGUGGUGAAUGGAGUUAAAUCCAGCUGGCAGCCAGUCACCAGUGGUACUCUCCAGGGCUCAGUACUGGGGACAGUUCUGUUUAAUAUGUUUAUCAAUGACAUGGACAGGGGAAUCAAGUGCACCCUCAGUAAGUUUGCAGUAGAAACUAAUUAGAGUGGGAAUGUUCAUCUGCCUGAGAGUAGGCAGGCUCUACAGAGGGACCUGGACAGGGUGGAUCAAUGGGUCAAGGCCAAUUGCAUGGUCCUGCACUUGGGUCACUACAAGGCCAUGCAACACUAGGGGCUGGCUGAGGAGUGGCUGAAAAACUGCCUGGAGGAGAAGGAUAUGAGGGUGUUGAUUGAUAGCUGGUUGAAUAUGAGCCAGUAGUGUGCCCAGGUAGCCAAGAAGGCCAAUGGCAUCCUGGCUUGCAUCAGGAAUAGUGUGGCAGCAGGAGCAGGGAAGUGGCUGUGCCCCUGUACUUGGCAUUGGUGAGGCUGCACCUCAAAUACUGUGUUCAGUUUUAGGCCCCUCACUACAAGAAGGAUAUUGAGGUGCUGGAAGAUGUUUAGAGAAGGGCAACAAAGCUGGUGAAGGGGCUGGAGCACAAGUCUUCUGAGGAGUAGCUGAGGGAACUGGGAUUGUUUAGCCUGGAGAAAAGGAGACUGGGGGGGACCUUACCACUGUCUACAACUACCUGAAAGGAGGUUAUAGGGAGGUGGAGGAUGGUUUCUUCUCUCUAGUAGUGACUGAGAGGCUGAGGGGAAAUGACCUCCGGAUGCGUCAGGGGAGAUUUAGAUUGGAUAUUCAGAGGAAUUUCUUUACUGAAAGUGUUGUUAAGCAUUGGAAUAGGCUGCCCAGGAAUAUGAUUGAGUUGCCAUCCAUGGAGGUAUUUAGAAGAUGAGUAGAUGUCAUACUUCAGGAUGUGGUCUAGUGGUGGGCUUAGCAGGGCUGGACUCGAUGAUCUUAAAGGUCUUUUUCCAACUGAAACCAUUCUAUGAUGCAUUCACAGUGAACUGCAAACACCCUCACAACUACUGGGUAUAGGCAGGGGCCAAAAAUUAGAUCAUGAGGCUGUUGUCAGCGACACCACCAUGCUGAAGCAUGGUCUAAAUUCCUGCACAUUCCUUUGAAUAUAGAGGAGUUAGUAUUUUGUGUUGCGUGUUAGAAGGCAACGUGAUUUGGUCGCGUUGUGCUUGGUGAAUUUAGGGGAGCAAAAAUCUAUAUAUUUUUUCAAACUACUGAAAAUAUUGCUUCGGUUGUCAAUUCAGUUCCUAAGAACUGGGAGAAAUAAUUGAUUAGAAGGUUUAGAGUGAAACCACUUGAGUUUCCCAUUUAAAAAAAAAAAUAAUAAUAUGGCAAACUGCCUUUUUUUUUCUAAAAAGAUAAAUGAAUAGAAGUAUCUGACUCCAAGAUUGUGUAGUAUAUUGAACAGCAUCUACCAUGGCAUUUCAUACCCAUGGUAUUUUUUACCUUUUAACCAAUCAAUUUUAGUAUUAUAUGUUUGUGUAAAUCACUUGCAUAAAGAGAUUAAAUUGAGUAGUCUCCAACUACUUGUGAAUUAUAUGAAUAAAUUAUAUGUCAUUCUAAACUGAAGCCCUGUGGGUUUUAUUUUUGAGAUAUGUGAUAAUACAGAUGAAAGCUCUUUUACAUUAAUGGAUCAGGUAAAAAGGGAUGUAACAGCUCUGUGUUAUUUCCCUACUCUGAAGGAUCAUCUGAACUUUCUUGGGUCAGGUUCUUUAUGCCAUUUCUAGUUACAGCUUGGGCCAUCAUUUUAGCAGUUGGAGUGGUUAAAGUUCUUGGGAAACUCCUUGGAUUUAAGCCCUCUCAUUUCUUUGCUAAAAUAGAGGAUGGGGACUCUGCAGGCCUGGAAACUUGCACUCCCCGCAGAGUUAAUCAGCAAAACUCUAUCAGUGGUGUUAUAAUUAGUCUUCUCCAAUGAAUUUUGAAAUAUGAAACUGGAAAUAUUGACUAUUGCAUAUUUUGCAUGAAAAUACAAGGAAUAGAACUGUGCAUGUUUAAGUUAAUACCAUUUAUUUUGGAAAGUGGUUAUUCAUAAUCAUUGCAUCACUCUUGAAGCUUCUAAAAUAAGUUUCUAGCAACAGAUUUCAUUGUUUUGGAUCUUAGACUUGCUUUCUUUCCCUGCCCCGUUCUGGUUUAAUUACUUUCUGCGAUUUGUUGGACUAUGCUAGUUUAUUUUUAAUACUCUGCACUGGAAUUCAUGGAGUUGGGGGGAGGCAUGAAGGUCCCUGCUACCUUCCUACUGAUGUGAUCCUCUCAGUUGUUAUGCCUUGUCUCAAGGUGUCAACUUCAAAUAAAAUCAGAAAA